AUGGCUCCGGGGCCCCUGCCCGCCCCGCGCACCCCGCACACCCCAACUCUGGGGCGCUGGGCGGCCCACCCCUCCCCCUCUCCGCCUGGCUCCUACGCCAUCGCCCUCCCGGCAGCUUGCAGCGCCGUACCCCCCCAGCGCCGCCGCCGCCGCCGAGAGGAGGCCGGCGCAGCGCAGCCGACACCGACGCAGGGCUCCGGGCUCGGGCUCCGGGCGAGCGCGCCCGACGGCCUCGGCCCGGACCGAUCGCGGGACGGGACCCGCGCGGCGCAGGGCCGCCGGACGGGCGGGCACCGAGCGGGCGCGGGGCUGGCUGCGGCACCCCCGCCGGGCCGCACGACCACCCGCUGCCUAGAAUUUACCCAGAGAAACACGAUGCCCCUGGACCGCUCACCCCCUGCUUCCUGCUUUAGAGGCCCAAGGCCCACGCUGUAUCACCUCAUCCACAUUCAGGCCCUUUCUAGCUCCCAAGAGCUCCUCAGCGAGACGGCCGGCAGUCACCCCUACUUCAACCUGCCCGACUUCACCCAGCCAUCGCCGCCCUCCACUCCGCCCAGCCUCCCCUCGCACCAGCGCUGCCGGCCCUCCGAUGCCACCAAGGGCCUGCUUGUGGCCCUGCUGGGUGGGGGCCUGCCCGCUGGCUUCGUGGGCCCCUUCUCUCGUAUGGCUUACCAGGCUUCCCACUUCCCCUCACUGGAGCUGCUCAUCUGUCGAUGUCUCUUCCACCUCCCCAUUGCCCUACUACUUAAACUGCGCGGCGACCCUCUGUUGGGACCUCCCGAAGUCCGGGCCCGGGCCUGCCUCCACGCCCUGCUCAACGUCCUCAGCAUCGGAUGCGCCUACAGUGCGGUUCAGGUGGUGCCGGCCGGCAACGCUGCCACGGUCCGCAAGGGCUCUUCCACAAUGUGCUCUGCCCUCCUCGCCCUCUGCCUCGAGAGCCAGGGUCUCAGCGGCUACGACUGGUGUGGCCUGUUGGGCAGCACCCUGGGACUCAUCAUCAUUGUGGGACCGGGACUAGGGACACUGCAGGAGGGGACCACGGGCCUCUACACCGCCCUGGGCUACGUGCUCGCCUUCCUGGGCGGCCUGGCGCUGUCGCUGGGGCUGCUGGUAUACCGCUCUCUGGACUUCCCCUCUUGCCUCCUGACGGUGGCCUUCCUGUUUGGCUUGGUGGGGCUGGUGGGCUCUGUGCCAGGCCUCUUUGUACUGCAGACCCCUGUGCUGCCCAACGACCCUCUGAGCUGGAGCUGCGUGGGGGCGGUGGGGAUCCUGGCCCUGGUCUCCUUUGUGUGCGUGAGCUACGCGGUCACCAAGGUCCACCCCGCCCUGGUGUGCGCCGUCCUGCACUCCGAGGUGGUGGUGGCCCUGAUGCUGCAGUACUACGUGCUCUAUGAGACAGUGGCACCUUCUGACAUCAUGGGGGCAGGGGUGGUGUUGGGUAGCAUUGCCAUCAUCACCGCCCAGAACCUCAGCUGUGAGAAGGAAGGGCAGGUGGAGGAGUGACA